CGAGGCAGUAGUAGCGUGCGUCAUGCGUCACGUACAGGUCAUCAACACGCGACAUGGCGGCACGAGUGUGAAAGCAGACGUGGGUCGUUGUUGUUUGUGCAGAUGUUGUGAAGUUUCCUCUUCAGCUCAGCUACUGAUGGAUCCAUUCAUCAGACGGAGACUUCCUCCGUCUGUGAGGAGUCUUCUGACAGACAUCGGUCCAAAGGAGGAGUGGACCGACACGGAGCCAGACACGGUGACCAGAGAUGGGAUACUGCUCCCGGCCAGAGGAGCUGCGUCUGGACAGGAGGAGUUACUCAAGCCGGCAGAGGCUGAAAGGAGCAGAGUCUGCAUGCUGUGUAAAUGCAAGCCCUCUUCUUACACCUGCCCUCGCUGUAACCUGCAUUACUGUGGCUUGGCUUGCUACCAGAGCCCGGAUCACUCCGCGUGCUCCGAGGAGUUUUACAAGGAGUCAGUCCUGCAGGAGCUGAAGGAGAUGGGGAAGACGGAGAGCGAGGGGAGGAAGAAGAUGCAGGAGGUCCUUGUGGGGCUCAGACGAAAGGCGGAAAGGACAGACGGAGGGAUGGAGAGCUUGUUGAAAGAGGCGGGCGUCGUGUCGGAUGACAUGGACGGAGAGGAAGGAGAGGCGACUGACAGGGUGCAGAUUGUGGAGCUCCUGUCGAGGUUGGCGGAGCUUCAGCAGUCCGGAGAAGGGAGCGCAGCAGAGAUCGAGGCUAUUUUGACAAAACUGGAAGAGAUCGGAGGAGGGGAGCUGCUGUCCGAGGACGUAGACGAGGACGCUGAAUGCGCAGAAGGGACGUCGGACUUGGCCGAUCGUCUCUCGGGGCUGGAUAUUGACAAACUUUCAGAAGAGGAGCUGUGGGAUCUUCUUGACAGUGAAGAGAAGGAGAAGUUUGUGAGUCUGGUGAAGGGCGGCGGAGCUCUCGGCGGGCUGGUUCCCCUGUGGAAGCCGUGGUGGGAGGAACACGAGGACGGAGGAAGAGCACUGGUGGAGGUGCUUGAGGAGGAAGUGAGCAAACUGGAAAGUGAAAAUUCAACAGCUGCAGAUGAAGAGGUUGUUCAGAAACGGGACGAGUCGGCUACGAAGCUGAAAAAGAUUAAAGGAGGAAAAAGAAGGGAAACAAGCAGGAGCAAGGAAAGUUCAGCAGUCCCCGGUGUCCCUCCGGUUUCUGCAAAAAUCCCCAAAUUGAGCUCCUUGUGUGCGAAUCCAUCUCCCCUGAUAUGCUACGGUUUGGUCAAUGCACUUUAUGGCUACACCUUCACCCUGUGUCUGUUUAACAAUGACACCGACUCACUGAUGUUUGAGUUCUGCGACAUGAUUCUCGCUCUGUCUGAGGCACUCAGCUCAAACAGGGUGUUCAACUCCGUCCGAGAGGCUUUGGACUGCGGAGAAACUCUCGUUUCGAGUGGAGGUUACCUCGACAAGGAGGAUCCUCUUGCACCGACCAGGGCGGUGGAAGCUGUGGCUCACAUCACGACGGGCAGAGACAGGAGGGAUCCAGCAGGAUACUGCCUGGCAGCCUUGAGCCAGCUUCGCUCGGUGCUCUCCCAGGCCAGAACAGCCCUGUCGAAAGAGGGAGAGGAAGGCACAAAGAGGCAGAAGUACUUCCUGGCAAGCAAGAAGUGCGAAUUCUUCCAAGCCUGGGUGUUGGACAAUGCACACCGGAUUCGGAUGCUUGCUAUUGAGCUGUGGCAUGAACACAGUAAAAGAGAGUGUGAUAGGAGCAGCAUGGAGAAAGCAAAGACUGUAGUCGAGGAGAACCUGAAGAAAGGGAAGAGCAAGUUAAUUGAAGAACUCAGUUAAUUUCUUCUUGAACAUACUGAUGUUUGUAAAAGUUUGACAUGUAAUAAAAAAUAAUAUAAAACCCUCAAUUAUCUUCUCACUGUGAAAUGCAACCACUUAAAGCUUGUUACAGUCUGUUCUUAAUACUUUAUACUGUUUAAUACCGGAUGAAAGUAAUGUAAAUUGAGUUUAAUUGUAUUAUCACCUUAACAUAAACACAGGUGCAACCACAAACUAUAAGCAUGCAUCUCUUUUUUUAAU